CCCGUAUAUCUUUAUUGUUUAACUUAUGUAGUAAUAAUUAUUAUUAGUUCGGUGGUAAAAAUAAGCCCAACAAGAUGUUUUCUUUAAGAUUUUUGAAUAAUGUUGGAAGAAAUUUUGCCUUUAGGACUUUUAGUAGCGAGGCAAAAGGUGAAAUAACGGCUUUAUAUAAUUUCCACGUAGAAAAAGGGGGAAAAAUCGUCAAUUUUGGUGGAUUUUUGCUACCAGUACAAUACAGCGACCUCAGUAUUGUGAAUUCUCAUUUAUAUACAAGGAAAAAUGCAUCAAUUUUUGAUGUUUCUCAUAUGCUUCAAACGGAAAUAAGAGGUAAAAACUCCAUAGAAUUUUUUGAAACAGCAUGCACUGCAGAUAUACUGGGUCUUCAAUAUAACAGUGCAACUCUUACAGUAUUCACCAAUGAGAAAGGUGGCAUCUUAGAUGACCUUAUAGUUACCAAAAUAGCAGAUGAUUAUCUUUACAUCGUUUCCAAUGCUGCCAUGAAGAAGCAAGAUCAACAAAUUAUGUUGAACACUUUGAAUAUUUAUAAACAGAAAAAUCCGAACGCCGAUAUUCAAAUAAAAUUUUAUGAACCAAAUGAAAAAAGUCUGCUGGCUCUACAAGGUCCUAAAGCUGCAGAUGCAUUGAAAAAAUUAACAGAUGUAGAUAUUUCCAAAUUGUAUUUUAUGAACACAAUAAUAGGAACUGUGGCUGAUGUUAGAGAAUGUAGAAUUACAAGAUGUGGGUAUACUGGAGAGGACGGAUUUGAAAUUUCCAUUCCAGCUCCAGAGACUCAGAAAGUGGUUACAGCGUUGUUGAACAAUGAAAACGUCAAGCUUGCUGGACUUGGUGCCAGAGACUCUUUGAGAUUAGAAGCAGGUCUUUGUUUAUAUGGAAACGACAUAAAUGCAGAAACAACUCCCGUAGAGGGCGCGUUGACAUGGCUGGUAUCCAAAAGGAGAAGAGAAUUAAAGAAUUUCCCGGGAGCUAAUUUAAUCCUCAAACAAAUCAAAGAAGGUUCUACAAUAAAACGAAUAGGUUUGAUAUCUCAAUCAGGUCCUCCAGCUAGACAAGGAGCUGUUAUAUUAUCAAAGGAAGGUGAAGAAUUAGGAAAGAUAACAUCAGGAUGUCCUUCGCCGAGUUUAGGGAAAAAUAUCGCAAUGGGAUAUGUUAAAACCAGUUCUAGUAAAUUAGGAACGUCGGUAAAUUUAAAAAUUCGCGAUAAAGUAUACGAAGCAGCUGUUAGUAAAAUGCCUUUUGUAAAAUCUAAUUAUUAUAUUAAGCCUAAAUAAAUUUAAAUAAAAAGUCGC